AUGACGGACGCGUCCACCAACAUGCGGCUGAAGCUGCCUGUGGUCUGCUUCAUCCUGCAGAUUAUCCUCAUCAUCCUCUUCGGCGUGCUGGUCCAAUACGACGACGAGGUGGACGCGAGGAAAUGGCACGAGCACCAGCAGAAGCACAACCUCUCGGAAUAUGAUAACGACUUCUACUACCGCUAUCCCAGCUUCCAGGACGUCCACGUGAUGAUCUUCAUCGGUUUUGGCUUUCUGAUGACCUUCCUGCAGCGUUAUGGCUUCAGCAGUGUGGGCUUUAACUUCUUGAUCGCCGCCUUCGCGCUGCAGUGGGCCACGCUCAUGCAAGGGUUCUUCCAUGGCAUGCAUGGGGGGAAAAUACACAUUGGAGUGGAGAGCAUGAUCAACGCUGACUUCUGCACCGGCUCUGUCUUGAUCUCCUUCGGCGCAGUUCUGGGCAAAACCAGUCCUAUCCAGCUCCUGGUGAUGGCGCUAUUUGAAGUCACGCUGUUUGCCGUCAAUGAAUUCAUCCUUCUGUCCGCUUUGGGGGCUAAGGACGCGGGCGGGUCCAUGACCAUCCACACUUUCGGGGCCUACUUCGGCCUCAUAGUGGCUCGGGUUCUGUACCGACCUAACCUGGAUAAGAGCAAGCACCGGAACUGCUCAGUGUACCACUCGGAUCUCUUCGCUAUGAUCGGUACCAUCUACCUCUGGAUGUUCUGGCCCAGCUUCAACUCUGCCAUCACGGCGCACGGCGACGACCAGCACCGCACGGCUUUGAACACAUACUACUCGCUAGCCGCGUGCACGCUAGCCACGUACGGCAUGUCGGCCCUCACCGCUCAUGACGGAAAGCUGGACAUGGUGCACAUCCAAAACGCGGCGCUGGCCGGCGGCGUGGCAGCGGGAACGGCGGGCGAAAUGAUGCUGACGCCCUUCGGCUCCAUGAUCGUGGGCUUCCUGGCCGGAGUCAUCUCCGUCCUCGGAUUCAAGUUUCUCUCGCCCAUUCUAGAGAAGAGGCUGAAGAUCCAAGACACGUGUGGCGUCCACAACCUCCACGGCAUGCCCGGCGUCCUGGGUGCCAUCGUGGGGGCUGUAACUGCCGCCGUGGCGUCCACCGACACCUACGGAGAUGGCAUGGCCGACGUGUUCCCGGAUGUGGCCACUGGCGACGUGGAAGCGUCCUUCCAGGGCGUCCGGCAAGCCAUUUCCCUGGCCGUCACACUCGGAAUCGCUCUCCUCGGGGGGCUCAUUGUUGGCUUCAUCAUGAAGUUGCCCAUCUUUGGAGCUCCUCCUGACACCCUCUGCUAUGAGGACAGCAUCUUCUGGGAGGUUCCCGGGGCCGAGGAAGGCCACGAGGACCAGCUGACCACUGUCGUAUCCGCGGAAACCGAGAAACUCAAUGGUUAA